AUGUUCCUGAUAAUUACACAUGAUCUGACAAGAGGAAGACUGACCCACACAGAUAGCUAGAGACUUUUCAAAAUAGUUGUGCUGUUCCUUUCGUGCACCCACAAAUUACUUCAAAAAUAUCUGUACUGUCCCUUUAAAUGUUGUGGUUAAACAAACAGGAGCUUCCGGGUUCAAUAGAAAGCAGCGGUAACCGCGUUUUGRUGGCUUCGUUCGGCUGGAAAAGGAAAGUGGGCGAGCGGGUGUCCAAGGCAGCGGUGCAGCAGUUUGAAGCCGCAGUGGAGAAGCCGGAGGAAGAUGGAGUAGGCAAAGAGGACGAGKUGGACUGGCUUUAUGCAAUCAAGCGGCGCCGGGAGGUCCUGCUGGAGGACUGCUCUGCAAAAAGCAAGAGACUAAAGGAGGAAGGGGUGGUGCUGGCACAAGAGGGCAGCAUGCAGGCCACACACACAGUCAAUCAGACUCCACGGAUAUCCCCUAUGGCUGUGUACCAUUUUGGAACCACCACAAAAUGCUGCAGAAGUGCCUGCACUGGGAGGCCGUUAAAGAGGUGGGAUGAAGCCAUCCAGAUGACUCCAGAAAACCCUCUACUGUACGAGAUGAAAUCCCAGGUGCUGACCGUCCUGCAAGCGGUGUUCCCGGCGGUGCAGGCAGCAGAGAUGGCUGUGAAGCUGCGCCCCCUGUGGUGGGAGGGCUGGCAGACACUGGGCCGUGGCCAGCUUGGUCUGGGAGAGGUGGACCUGGCGGUGAGGUCUUUCCAGGUGGGGCUCCACCUGUGUCCGUCAGAGCGCCCCCUCUGGUCGGAGGACCUGGCGUGGGCACGGAGGCUGCAGCAGCAAAGACUGGCGGCUCGGGACCGGACCCAGCGGGAGGAGACGGCCCAGCGGGAGGUCCUGAACGCUCCAGAGCUCCAACGGGRCUAUGACUUUGAGUCCGAUGAGGUGGCGGCGGCCUGUGCCGCCACGGCCGAGAGACAACGACGCUAUGAGGAUCUGAAGAGGACGGCGGUGGUGGUCGRCGCUGAGGGGAACGCAAGGGAGGUAACCGCUGAGGAGGAGGGUUCGGGGGUCACACCCUCGUCAUCACAGUAUCAGUUGGUCAAAGCACGGGGGCUAUGAGAUGUUUCUAAGAACUUAAGGGCUGAAAUGUGUCUCAUGAAAUGGGUUUUUUGUUUUGUUUUUAUCGAGUUUUCCAUCUGUAGUCUUGUGCCUGUCGUUAUUAUGUUUUGUUGUAGUAUACAAGAGACUGUGGGUGGYGGCAGUAGAUUUAAUCAAGUCAAUAAUGUUUGUUUUAGUGUAUUAUGUAUACAGUCAGGUUCAAGAUGAUUGGCACCCUUGAUAAAGAUUAGCAUAAUACACUGUAUAUUUAAAAAAAGACUGCCCUGGCAGAGGCAACCGGGUCUUUGUCUAAAAUGUCCUGGGGCCUCAUUUAUCAACCAUGUGUACAUUUCUCACUAAAUUCUGGCGUGUGUGGAGAUUCUAGAAUUUGCGUGCGCAUCAAAUUAGUGGGAUUGAUCAAACUGUCGCUGGAACAUAUGCACAUGUUUUCAUUGAUAAAUCAGAGCAGUGCAAUAUUUGUGUGCUUGUGAGCAAGUGUUACAACCCCCGCCUGUAAACGCCCUCCAUCACCUUUUUAUGGUACCAAAAACAAACACAUUUGCUCCGCAAUUUGGAGAUGUUGGAACUGGGCCGUGGUAGUUUCUAAAAGAAAGUGCAAUGGGAAAUGUGAUCACAUUUCUUUAGAGGUGUGGGAAGAUUGUUUUAAUCUUUUGCAGUGACUUUUUCAAACCCCCCAAAAAACGCAUGAUGCCUGUAGCGAGUGCCAAACACACAAAGAUGAAUUGUCCUUUCAAACAAGUAAAUGCUACAGCCGACAUGCAACGGACACAUUGUUGUUCAAUAUUUUGUUUAUCAAUACAUGAUUGUGUACCAGCCUUGGUAUAGGCUCUGAGAAUAAAUAGUAGGGAUGUAACGAUUCACCGAUUUAGGCAUCAAUUCCCGGUUCAAAUGUUUAAGAUAUAAGUGCGUCUGUCUGAGGAACCCCAAACSUCAUAUUUUGUGACAACUGCUCUUSUCCUUCAGURUCGAACUAAGCAUGUAAUUGUGUCGACAGUCAUUGAUCUACAAGUCAUUUUGCAUGCGGAAACUACCCCAGGCAAUAUCAAUAGCCUAGUCAAACUGCGCUGAUCUGGAACAUCUGUGUGACACCUUCAACAUUCAACUGUUUGUAAAAUGGUUUGUGCAACAUUAGGCUUUAUUAGUUMAUUUUUUAUGAAAUGCGCUGUUGAAAUUGUGUUUUACCGUAAUAAAAGUAGCCUAAGCUACUGCUGGAGACAA